UCACGCUGAACAGCACUGGUUUUACAGUAUACCACCGUUUAAAGGCACAAAGCAACUUAAACAACUGCCCUGUACACUAAAGGAGACAUUUUAUUUAGAAAUUAGAAAGUAAAGUUUGUUUGCAAUUUAUUUAAGAAUUGAGGUAUGAAUGCGGACUUGGAGGAGCAGGAAGAUGAACUGCUGGCUCUUUACAGCAUCUUGGGUUCGGAGGAGUUCGUUCGGGAUGAGCCCAAGUCUGGCGGAGAAGUCCGAGUGUCUGUAGAGCUGCCAGCGGCUUUCAUGGUGGCUCUGAGGGAGGAUGAAACGCUGAGGCAGUAUGAGAUAUCAUUCCUCCCACCUCUGCUUCUGACCUUUGAACUCCCCGAGAACUAUCCUUCCUCCUCCCCUCCCUCCUUCACUCUCACCUGCAGCUGGCUGACACACACGCAGCUCUCUGCUCUGGCUGCUCAUCUCAUUGAUCUCUACCAGACGUCUGGAAGCGCUGUGGUGCUCUUCUCCUGGGUACAGUUUCUAAGAGAGGAUGCUCUCAGAUUCCUGGAUAUUGAUUAUCUACUGGAGCUCCCCUCUGAUGAACACAAUACCCUGCACUGUAGCCAGGACACGCAAAAUGCUACACUCUUAGAGGCAAAAAGCAAUCAAGACACACCGACAUCAGGAUCCAGAGAUGACCAAAGUUGUAAUGUUUCAGAAACACAAAAAACUGAACUUUCCGCCCCAUCAUCCGAAGCAGACAUUGCUGGCUCUGUGGCGUUAAACUCCUGCAUGGAUGGCCAAAAUAAUUUCACCUCUAGCCACAGCAAAGUCAGCCAGAAUGACGUAAACUUAGGCCCAAACAGGGAUUAUCAAAAGGCUCUUCCUUUACAGACCAAAGUCCAAAACACUUCUAAUGAUUUUAACCAAACUUCACAAACCUCAGAUGUUUGCAAGCCUGAACGUAUCUUCCAAACCUCUGAGUUUAAGGCUGACCACCAGAAUGACCUGUCCUCAGAGGCAGACAAAUCUGAGUUUCUUCCAUUUGCUCAGUCCAAUCAAACUGGCCAGAAAUAUUAUGAGAUGGACUCUUCAGCUUCCUCUUGGCUUCCCUCAAGCUCCUCAGUCCCACUUGGUGGAGAAGCUCACCCCAAAAAAUCCCCUCCAAACGAAGACCAAUCCCUCUCUGGUCUCUCCCUAACCCCAGCACAAGCUCUCCUGUCUCAGCUCUUGACCUACGAUGCGGCCCAGAAGCAGAAAGUGUUUGCCAGCACAGUUUUUGACUGUGGCGUGUGUUUUACGGGCUGGCUCGGUUCACAGUGUGUGCAGAUAUUGGAGUGUGGUCACGUCUUCUGCCAGGCUUGUCUUGCCAAUUUCUGUAAGCUGCAGAUAACAGAGGGGAACGUCCGGGGUGUCACCUGUCCUCAAGCAGACUGCACAGCCACCCCCACACCUGCACAGGUGAAAAGUCUCGUAGGAGAGGAGCUGUUCAGCCGCUAUGACCGUCUCCUGCUCCAGUCCACUCUGGACUGUAUGCCUGAUGUGGUGUACUGUCCACGGCGCUCCUGUGGAUCUGCCGUCAUUCAGGAGAAGGCCAGCAAUGCGGCGAUGUGCUCUGUAUGUGGCUUCGCCUUCUGUGUUACCUGCAAAAAGACCUACCAUGGAACAGAUGACUGCCAGGCAAAGAAGCUGCCGAAAAAACAGGCAGAAAAAGAUUCACAGCAAACUCUUGCAGACCUCCCGCAGUCACAAGGGGGUUUGAUGGCUCUAUGGGACGACUACACCAGUGGCAGUAAGCAGAGGCAGCGCCUGCUGGAGAGCAGGUACGGCCGUAACAGCCUGCAGGUCACUGUGGAGGGAUGUCUGAGUGAAGACUGGAUUGCUUUCAACAGCAAGAACUGUCCUUACUGCUUCUGCAAGAUACAGAAAAACGGAGGAUGUAACAAGAUGACGUGCUCUCAGUGUAGAGGGAUAUUCUGCUGGUCCUGCCUGGCCAGACUGCGAUCAUUUCGUUGCAGCCAACACUUUCAGGACGGUCCCUGCUCUGCCUACGAAUACUCCCCGACCUAGUCCCUUAGCGACUUUUAUUACCAGCCACUGGCCACCAGCCAUAGAGGAAAUACAGUCAACAAAUUUUACUCUACACUUGGUGCAUUUGAUGAAAGCAUCCACAUUUGAAGCUGCCAAGAUUACAUUUUCAAUUCAUCCUCACGUGGAGGUUUAAACUGUGGAUUCUGUGCUUUGUUUUUAUUCAAAGCAGUUUUAUUUCCAAGUGCACUUUUAAAAGACAGUUUUAAAAAAAUCAACAACAACAAUAUACCUCAAAUGCUACAUUAGUUUCACUUGAAAAUUCAACUAGAAACCCCUAUUUUAAAACUAUUAAUUUCUACCGAAGCCUUAGUCAUUCACAAAAUCAACCUGUCAAACUGUGUAAUGACCACUAGAUGGAGCUAUAUAAUAAUAAUGCAGAGACAGCCUGAGCUCUGGCUCCAACAGCUUCACUGAAGAUCAAUUUUGUCUACAUCAAGAAACACAUUAAUCCGUGUUAAAUAAUCAAUCAAAAUACCUUACUCAAAACAGUUAUGUGGUAUGGUAUAGAUAUUUACAGCUCUGAAUGCAAAGAUAAAUGAUCUGUAAAAGAAAAUGUCCCUGUGUGCGUGUUUGAACCAAAUCAAAGCAUUCAUACCACAGUCACGCGUACUUCCACCCCACGUACGAUUAGGAUAUCCAGGGAAUCACUUUUUAAAUUGUUUCAAAUUUGUUUUUUUG